AUAAGGGGCGAGAAGGAGAGAGAAAUCCAGAAUUGCCCUCAUCGCAGGCUACUUUGCUUGGACCUCGAUUUUUCUUGGAUAGACGAUUAGCGGUUUCCAUCGGCUGGUUUACGUACUGGAUAAAGAUUUUAGCUAUGGCAGGCGGCUUUCCGGCGAAGAGCUGCUAGGUAAUGAAUAGUUUCCGGUGGGGAUAAGGAUGGUGAGCAGGAAGCCUGUCCUGCUUCUUCUCUGCCUCACAGUCCUCGCACCGAUCGUCCUUUACACCGAUCGUCUCGCUACUUUCUCCAAUUCCGUUUGGAAGAAUGAUUUCGAGGAAGAAAUCUCAAAUCCGAAUGUGAGGAACGAACCAGCGAGACUAAAUGCUGUCCAUCAGGAACUUUCAGAUGCGCUUAGAGAACCUAUUGGUUUAAUUUUCUCUGAUAAUUCCAGUAAUCUGAUCUCAGCUAAUGGACUGGCGGGGACGAACAUUGGAGAGCACAAGUCCCGAGUGUUGUCAGCUGCUGAGGAGGGUGUGAUCAAAUCUGUAACUGAGAAAGAGAACCAUUUUGAUGAUUUUCAAAAACCCCAAUUGGAAGAUGGGAAAAGAGAGGAUGCUACUAAGAAGACAAAGAACUCAACCCCUACUUUAGGAGAGCCGAUAAAGAAAAACGACAGAAUAAACAAGCUGGCUGCAAAAACUGAGCUUCAGAAUCAUCAGUCGGCAAUCACAGAUAAGCAAACUGCUAAGCCAACAACAUCUGAUGCUAUGGUUCGUCAACUUAAAGAUCAACUAAUAAGGGCACGAGUUUAUCAAGGUCUUGCAUCAACAAGAAGCAAUCCACAUUUAAUUAGGGAGCUUCGGGUUCGGGUAAGGGAACUGCAGCGAGCACUCGGUGAAGCUACCAAGGACUCAGAACUAUCAAAGAAUGCUCAUGAGAAGUCGAGGGCAUUGGAGCAGGUCCUGGUGAAGGGCAGACAGUCCCAAGAUGAUUGUUCUGCUAUUGUGAAGAAGCUUCGUGCAAUGCUUCAGUCCACUGAAGAACAGCUACGAGCUCAUAGGAAGCAGGCUAUGUUUCUUAACCAGCUUGCAGCAAAAGCCCUACCCAAAGGCUUACACUGCCUUCCCUUGAGGCUUUCGAUUGAGUUCUACUCUUUAGAUCCAAGCCAGCAGAACUUUCCAAAUCAAGAGAAACUUGAAAACCCUGAUCUCUACCAUUAUGCACUUUUCUCUGAUAACAUAUUAGCAGCUGCAGUUGUGGUGAAUUCCACUGUGGUUAACGCCAAGAACUCUGGGGAUCAUGUUUUUCACAUUGUAACUGAUAGGCUGAAUUAUGCUGCUAUGAAGAUGUGGUUCUUAGCCAAUCCACCAAAAAAUGCUACUAUUCAAAUUCAGAGUGUUGAGGAGUUCACUUGGCUAAACGCAAGCUACAGUCCUGUUCUAAAACAGCUUCAUUCUCAGAACAUGAUUGAUUAUUACUUCAAGACUCAUCGUGGUAACUCUGAUCCAAACCUAAAAUACCGCAACCCAAAAUACCUAUCGAUUCUUAAUCACUUGAGAUUUUACCUUCCGGAAAUCUUCCCUAAGCUCCAGAAAGUUGUGUUUUUGGAUGAUGAUAUUGUGGUGCAGAAGGAUUUGACGAAACUUUGGGCGAUUGAUAUGAAAGGAAAGGUUAAUGGUGCGGUAGAGACAUGUGGAGAGAGCUUUCAUAGGUUUGAUAGGUAUCUCAACUUCUCAAAUCCUAUGAUUGCUAAGAACUUUGAUCCUCGUGCUUGUGGAUGGGCUUAUGGUAUGAACGUGUUUGAUUUAGCUGAGUGGAGGAAACAAAAUAUAACAGAAAUCUAUCAUUAUUGGCAGAGACUGAACCAAGAUAGAACCAUGUGGAAGUUGGGAACUCUUCCUCCUGGUCUGAUUACAUUUUGGAAGCGAACAUUCACAUUGGACCGGUUUUGGCAUGUGCUUGGCCUCGGUUAUAACCCUAAUGUGAACCAAAGAGAUAUUGAACGAGCAGCGGUCAUCCACUUCAAUGGAAAUCUGAAGCCUUGGUUAGAGAUUGUCAUUCCCAAAUACCGUAAUUAUUGGUUUAAAUAUGUGGAUUUUGAUCAGGUUUAUCUCAGGGAGUGCAACAUCACCCCCUGAGCAACAGUAUGACACAUUUCUUCUUAAAUUUCCAGGUAACGGGUUCCCACAUCUAUCCUCAGCCGGGUAAGAGACCUCUGACGACCUCAAAGGUAGCUUUAAUCCUGAUGAAUCCAAACAGCCCGAUAUGUUCUGUUUCAAAAAGCAAAUGACUCCCUAGUUUGGAUAUCAACUAAUAAGAGGGUUACAUCGGAUUGACUGCGGUGCCUUAUUUCCUCAACUAUCACAAGCUCCUCUGACGACAUCUUCUUUAUUUGCGUGCUUCUCACUCAACAAGAACAUUUUUAAUUGAAUAUAUUUCGAGUAAGUUUCGCGGGACCCCCCUUUGCUCUAUUUAUAGACCUUGGGAGGAAGCAUUAUCACAACAACAAUAGGGGAAGCCAUAAAGCGAAUGAUAUAUUUUCUUCU